AUGAUGAACGUCGUCGCAGCAGUGUGCGUGUGCAAGGGGAGCAUGGAGGGGGACGGGCCAGAGAUGGAAGAGUAUCCCCUGGCCCUGCCUAUCAGCUCGGACUUCCCCGCGGGAAAGACAGUGGACGACUGGGAAGCAGCCAGGAAGGAGUGCAAUCCCGACUUUGACAUGGUGGAUUUCGGUAAAAAUCUGUCCGGGAAAGAAAAGGAGGAGGUCGAGCUCGAGCUCUCCGACCACUACGACAGAAUGGAAGCCGCAGAUGCUGGCGACGCAAUGGAAGCCGCAGAUGCCGGCGUUCCGCCGAUUACCAUCGAGUCCUGA